AUGGGCGGAAUGGAUACAGACCAAUUAUAUUCCGUGCGCUGGAAUGAAUUCCACACAAGUAUUAUAACAUCAUUCAGACAUUUACUCGAUCAAGAAGACUUUAUAGAUGUUACUAUCGCUUGUGAUGGUCAUUCAUUUACUGCACAUAAAGUUGUGCUCUCUGCAUGUAGUCCUUACUUCAGAUCUCUGCUCAAGGCAAAUCCAUGCCAACAUCCCAUUGUAAUCCUUCGUGAUGUUAAGAAACAAGAAAUGGAAGCAUUAUUAAGUUUCAUGUACAAUGGAGAAGUUCGGAUCAAUCAAGAACAUUUACCAGAGUUUUUAAAGACUGCUCGUAGCUUGCAAGUACGAGGUCUCGUUGACUUUACUAAAGAAAACCAACCGUCCUCGUGGGGAAGUUCAAGCGUAGUUCCAGUUGAUGUUGUUGGAAAAAAUAAAGCCAGUGAUAAUUUACCUAGCCCACCAUAUAAAAGACAACGCAAUAACUCUGAACAGUUGACUACUCAACCAUUGACUCCUAGUAGUAGUUAUAAUGCUGAUAGAGAUAAAGAUACACCAUCACUGCUCGUUCAAGCAUUGGAAUUGAAUCAAUCGCAGUCAAGUCAGAACAAAAAUACAGUAGACUCGUCAGUCACUGGUCAUUCGUCUGACGAAGAAGAUAGCAAUUCUGGAGAUUCAGAUGGCAGUCAUACAGUUAAUGAUACACGUUCAAAUGUAAAUCAACAAAACAAUGACAUAGUUAUUCAACCUCAAAUAUCUCAGGCCCAACAUUCAAAACUAGAACCUGUAGAUUUUUUAUCAAGUAGUGGAAAUAAUCAUGACCUACACAAUACAUCAAUCUCGAUUGAGCAACAGUCCAGGCAUUCUUUUCCUACAUCAAUUUCAUCUGGAGUUUCAAUUAUAAGUAGCUUACAAGGAUUACCAGGUCUAUUACCAGGUCCAUCAGGCAUCCACAACAAUAACCAAGAAAACAGCUACGGUGAGUGA